UGAUUUGACGUUUGUGGUCAAAUUUUGUUGAAAUUGAAACGUCUGUGGAUAAAAUAUUGAUAAAUCUCGUGAAAUUGCGAAUCGAAGUUAAAUCCAAUUAAAUUAAAUACUCAAACAACUUUACGCUUUAUAAACAUUUUGCCUAAUUUGUUGUACAAUGUUUCGCUUAGACAUUCUGUUCGUUGCGUUGGGUGUAAUCAGUAACGUGUUUUGUGCUCUGAACACCUUGGAUGAGGAGACUGGGAAUGGCAGAUAUGUUAUAGAAGGGAGAGUAUUCCCCGCUGAUGAUCAAGACCCAACGAACUGGCAAGUCGAUACGAGGAUCCACGUCAACGGGGGAGAGUUUAUAGGUUUUAUAAAGGACGAUGGUUCGUUCGCUGUGCACAAUGUCCCGUCGGGCUCCUACGUGGUGGAAAUCGUACAUCCCGAUUACUUCUACGAACCAAUCCGAGUUGAGAUUAACUCGAAAGGCAAAUAUAGAGCUCGCAAAGUGAAUUAUAUUCAGACAUCGCAGAUAAUUCAAGUGCCUUAUCCCUUGAGGAUGAAGGUCAUGUCAAAAAUAAGGUAUUUCCAAGUUCGCGAGCAGUGGAGGCUAACAGACUUCCUGUUCAAUCCAAUGGUGAUAAUGAUGGUGUUACCACUCCUCCUUAUCAUGGUGCUCCCAAAAAUGAUGAACGACCCGGACACCAAGGAAGACUUCAAGCAAAUCAGCAACAUGGCAAAGAUGUCCGAAUUUCCAGAGAUGUCCGAAAUGUUCACAUCGUUGUUCAGUGGAGGGUCCACUAAAGCUAAUGCCAAUGCCAAAGCAAAACAAGUCAAGAAAAGACAGUAGUUGUAUUUUGUAUAUUCUAGCUAAUUUAUCAAUAUAUUGUCUUUAUUGUAUAUAGAAAUAGCUUAAUUUAUACUUUGAAAAUAAACACUUCUAUUCACAA